AGCGGUUAUUGCAUCUACUUCUAUCUACCAUUCUUAUAACUUGACUUCAUCAGUUGUAGAAAAUUUGAGAUCUCAAAUUUGGUUCCAUAAGGGAGCUGCUCCGUCAUUUGCAAAUUCCAGAAUUCUUUCAAGUGUUUCUGCCCAAAAAGAAAAAGAAAAGGAAAUAAGAGUUUGAGUUGUGCAUGGCGGCUACGGAAGUGAACGUUGCAAGCAUUGCAGAUGACCCGAAUUCAAAGACGAUAACGGAAAAUUCUGCCCCGAAAUAUGUACAAAAGUGGAAUUUCAUGUUUAUAACAUCAUGUGUGUUUGCCGUUUCACUGGAUCCUUUGUUCCUCUACGUUCCUAUCCUUAACUACGAUAUGAAGUGUCUGAGGUUGGACAACAACUUGAAGAUUACAGCUCUUGUCUCACGAUCGGUCACAGAUCUGUUUUAUAUAGCAAAUAUUGUCUUUCAAGUUUACAGAUAUAAGAUUUGUUCAAACUUAAUCAAACUAUUUCUUCCCGGAAGUUGGUCGUCCAAGUUAGCUGAACUAAGGAAGAUAUGGCAGUCAUACAUCAUAGUUGACAUUUUAGCUAUUCUUCCUCUUCCACAGGUGAUAAUUCUCAUUUUCUUUUCAAAAAUGAGGGCCUCAAGAUCUUUAAGGAAGCUUAUGAACUUUCUUGUUAUGGUGCAAUAUGUACCACGAGUUCUUCGCAUCUACUUGUCAUGCAAGAAAUCCAAAAAACCUUUCAAAGGACAUACCGCAUUAUGGGUUAAAGGUUUACUCAAUUUUUUCCUAUACAUCCUUGCUAGUCAUGUACUUGGAGCUUUUUGGUACUUUUUUGCUGUUCAACGAAUGACAAGUUGCUGGCAACAUGUAUGUCAAUAUGAAAAUGGAUGUGGCCCUAGUACUUUUAACUGUCAUGAUCACCAUACAUUGAGAAAUAUUACGGUUCUAGAUAAUUUAUGCCCUAUAAAUUCAUCAAAUACAACUCUCUUUGAUUUUGGUAUAUAUCUAAGUGUCCUUCAGUCGGGAAUAUUGUGGUCAACAAACUAUCCACUGAAGUUUUCGAACAGUUUUUGUUGGGGCUUGCGGAAUUUGAGUUCUCUUGCUUCAAAUCUUGAGCCGAGCUCCAAUACAUGGGAAAUCCUCUUUGUGGCUUGUAUUUCUAUAAUCGGCUUGCUACUAUUUGUAUAUCUCAUUGGGAAUUUGCAGACAUAUGUGCUGUUAGAUACUGAAAGAUUAGAGUCGCACAGACGCAAGAUGAGACUUGAACGGAAGAUGAAAGCAAAAGGCCGAGAUGUAGAAUUAUGGUUAUCUAAAAAUGGCACUCCCCUGCGUAGAAAGCCGGAUAUCAUGGAAAAGGUACGACUAGAACUUGAAGAAAACUGGGAUAUUGAUGUGGAUCAGGAAAUCCUCUCUAUUCUUCCCCGGGAACUUCAAGACUAUAUCGAAACUUGCAAGCCCUUGAGUAGGCUGAAGAAUGUAGAGGUGCCACCAUUUCGAAACAUGGAUGAACAAGUUUUGAUAGAAAUCUCAAAGCAUCUUAAGCCCAGGAGUUAUACUAAUAAUCAAAUCAUUAUUAAAGAGGAUCAACCACUUGAAAUGAUGCUUUUUGUCGUGGACGGACGUGUAAUCAUUAAAAAGAAAGAUUGUUCCAGUAAGUUCCAACGACGUGCCGGACAUCUGUAUGGAGAGAAACUUCUAGUUUGGCCAUCAUGGACGUCCUUCCAUGAGGGGACAAGACCUUUAGCAACCGAGUCUGUUCAGGCCAUUGAUGAUGUUGAAGCCCUUGUUCUCUUGGCCAGCGACAUGGUCAGUAUACGCUCUAGAUUCAGGUCAGAUUUCGAUAAGUUGAAGAUGAGUCUCAGUCAAAGUCAACAAACGGAUUCGCAUUGGGAGCUUUUGACUUGUGACAAGGUGACAAUGCUACAACAAGUGCCGAAGCUUCGAGACAUGGAUAAACAAGUGUUGAAAGCAAUGUCUGAACAUCUUCAAUCGAACGUCUAUGGACACAACGUCAACAUUGUUCAAGAGUACCGACCACUUAACAUGAUGUUCUUCGUCACGAGGGGAAAGGUAAUAAAUGAUGAGACCGGUCGUGCAGGAAAUAUUUUUGGAGAAGAACUUGUUGAGUGGGUACUGGAUAAGUCUUUUCCUGAGAUACUACCCUUGUCGACCUGUACUGCUAAAGUAGACUCAAACGAUGCUGAAUUCCUCGUUCUAACGGCAGAAGUCUUGAAGAGUUUAGCCUCUGAUAACUUCGUGUCACAUUUCAGCAAGAUCGCCUCUCCGUUAGAUCUUUUUACUUUUGUUCGGUUGACUAGGCUAAAGAAAGUGGAAAUAUUUCGAGAAAUGGACAAACAAGUGUUAGAAGCAAUCUCUGAGCGUCUAUACACCAUGACCUACCCUUUUGCAAACACCCCUAUCAUUCCAGAGAAAAAACAACUUAAAAUGAUGUUCUUCGUUGUGCGCGGAGUUGUAAACAUUAAAAGCGAUAGCACUAUUGAAGGGCCAAAAACCUGUCAAAUGGGAGGUUUCUAUGGAGAAGAACUUGCACAUUGGGUCACAACUUGGGUAUCACAUAGCUCCUUUCCUGCCAAACUACCUUUGCCAACUGGUUCUGCGGUAAGCGGGCCCCAUGGUACUGUUGAAAUCCUUGCUCUCAGUGCCGACGACUUGAAGAGUGUACUCUCAAAAUUCAGAUCGAAUUUCACCAGUGAGAGCACCCUCCUUACAUAUUCUCAGUCGGAGUCUUUGACUCGGGACCCAUUGACUAUAGUUAAGAAUGUGGAAAGACUUAAAACUAUGGAUGAGAAAGUGUUGAAAGAAAUAUGUGAGCAUCUUAGGCCCAGAAAGUAUGAAGAUGAGGACAUUAUUCAACUGAAUAAACCAAUGGAAAUGAUGUUCUUCAUCGUGAAGGGAGUUGUUGCGGUGACAAACGAAUACUGGAAACAUUACCGCAAUGAAGCAGAACGUUCAAAUCACAGUGGAGACGACCUUAUAGAAUAUUGGGCGCGAUCUAAAUAUACCGUCUUUUUUGCCGAGUUGCCCUUAUCUCCUUUUAGUUUUCGGGCCAUUGGUGAAGUUGAAGUUCUGGUUCUUAUGGCUAAUGACCUGGCUAAGGUUCAGCCUCGUCGAAGUGCACCUAUAAUCGAUUGUUCAAUUAUUCAAGUUUAUUAGCAAUUUUGUUCUGGGCUUUGUAACUGUUAGAAUGCCAUGUGCUCUCUGUACAUGAAAUUCUUCCCUGUCCAAACGCACCGCAUAUCUCCUUCCGUUUUAAGAACUUUGCCCCUGGCUCUUUUCUCGACA